AUGGACUAUCAGAAUCGUGUUGGCAGCAAGUUCGGAGGUGGUGGUGUCGCUGGUCAGUCAGAGACCAAUGCAGCACGUCGAGAGCGACUUCGUGCGCUUGCCGCAGAGACGAUUGAUCUUGCCAAAGACCCGUACUUCUUUCGCAACCAUCUCGGCUCUUUUGAAUGUCGCUUGUGUCUGACGGCGCAUGCCAAUGAUGGCAGCUAUCUGGCACAUACGCAGGGAAAGAAGCAUCAGCAGAAUCUUGGACGUCGUGCAGCGAGAGAUGCGCAGAUGAGCCGGGAUGCCGUACCAAUCCGCCACAACGUCCUUCGCAUAGGUCGACCGGGAUACAAGGUACAGAAAGUACGGCAUGAAACAGGUCGCUUGGGGCUCUUCAUCCAAGUCUCUCUACCACAAAUUGAGCCGGGUUUCAGGCCACGCUACAGAUUCAUGUCUGCAUUUGAGCAAAAAGUGGAACAACCAGAUCGGCAAUGGCAAUACCUCAUCAUUGCAGCAGAUCCAUACGAUGUGAUUGCCUUCAAGCUCGAAGCAAGAGAGAUUGACAGAAGCAAAAAUACCGCAACAGGUAUGUGGGAGCUAUGGGACGCGCCUACUUAUUCUCUUCAAUUUUUUUGGGCAGAAGAUGUUCAGACGUUCAAGGGCGUUCCUGGCCUCAAAUAG